AUGAGUAGCACCGGCAGCAUUAGCAGCGAGGCGAGCAUAGCGCGGAGUGCCGACAAGGACGACACAAGCGACAGCUCGUUGCACCUUCCCGACACAGAACCGAGAGAUGACAAGGAGCAAGUGGAAGGCGAUGAAUCCAUAGUCGACGGGGCUGGUCGCAAGGAGGAUGCAUCUGACAAGGAGCAAGAAACAAGCGCUACGAUCGAUGAUGCGAACGCAUCCCACAACGAGAGGUUCGGCCUGGAUGAGCCUCAGCAACUCUGUCUGGUUGCGGAUAGCAUCCUCGGCUCUAUGAGUGGAGUGGAAACGGCCAUGCUUCAGCUUCAUGAAUACGUCAAGACCGAGAACCAAGACCGCAAGCCGAUCCACCAGUGGGCCAGAUUCGAAGGCUAUCGCAGCAUUGAUCGUGCGGUUGCCAAUCUCGACGAAGCAGGCGCCAAGUUCCAGGAUGUACAUCUUCCUGCUAGCUUCGUCAAGACAUAUCUGAGUCGGGCUACCGAGAUGUCACUUACUGCCAGCAAGGCCGCUGUAUUCUGUAUGGGCGCGAUGAACGAACAAUUCACCCGCUACAUCGAGGAGACCAACGUAUCGAUUGACGCCGAGGCUAAGAUUACGGAAGAGCUCAGGAAGCUUCUCAAGCAUGGAUCCAAGGCAACAUAUAGCGUGUAUGCGGCUCUCGAUCUACUCCGUAACAAGCUGCACAUCGACGAGUCCAGUCACAGCCGCGAUAUUCCCAUCAUCGAAAAGCUGAUUGCAGAGAGCGAGACCCGCUUGAGCGCCUCACGCGAGAGCUCCUGGUGGACUGUUGCCAAAGUAAUGUUCGGAGCAGCGACAAGUGCCGUGAUAGCCCUCGCAGCCGCACACAAGUACGGCGCCAAUGGCUUGAGUUUCGCACUCCCGGCCGACUUCAACGGCACGCACUAUCAGGUUCUUUCACUCGUCCAGCGUGCGCAAGCUCUGACCAACCUCACCGGCGAGCUCUACUCCAUCAAAAUUGACGAUCUAGCUCAGCACUACAAGGAGCUCGAACUCGCCUCUGAGUCUCACGGUCUUCGAAUCGAUAAUCUGGUUGAAGCACUGGGCGUCCCCAACGAGGAGGGUACCUACUUUUCAUCAACGCCGAAACCAGGAAUGGGUUGCACGACAAGGAACGAUCAUUCCUGCGUUCCAGAUAUCAUGGCGGACGCUAACCGCCAGACCGAGAAACUGCGUAGCGAGCUGGAGCACAUGCGCAAGAACAUGCACCGUAUGGACAUUCGCCUCAUGAAGCGCCUCGACAAGGUCGACAAGCGUGGUCUGUAG